AUGGAAGCUCAUUCACUCACAACCCACAGAUCAAAUCGUCCUCAUUCCCACAAGUGUUGUCACUGUGGCCGUCCUACGUCGAUCAAGAAGUCGUGGACCGACAAGAACCCAGGCCGGUUGUUCAUGGGUUGUGAUCGAUAUCAGGAGGAAGAUGGCUGCAACUUCUUCGAAUGGUACGAUGCAGAAGAAAUCAAGGGAUGGCCGAAAAGAUCUCUGAUAGAAGCUCGUGACGAAAUUAGGAAGAAAAAUCUAGCGAUUAAACGGCUAAACAACACCGUAGCCACGCUUCGCUUAGAGAUCGAGAAUUAUCGUCGUGCGGAGGAAGACCGUCCCAACGAAGUCUACUCUAGCCCCACCAGCCAAAAUGAAGAUGAUAGCGAACCAAGUACAAGCCUUAGCGGAAGAUUUCUCGGUCUUUUUUUUGAAACUUUAGCUCACUAG